ACACGUUAAAUAAAAAUAACAAUAGCGUGCUCGUAGCGCGCGCCUGUGUUGUGCUAGUUGGAAAUUAUAAUUCGUAACAAAUUCACAAAAAAUAACAAAUGCGCAGCGCACUUUUAAUUGCUGUUUGACGACUUACGCGUCAUAUGUAUCAAAAUUUUCUUACCUUUUUUCCGCUUUUUGCGUUUUACAUGGAUGCGGAACAUCGAAAUUCUCUUUACAAUGUCGUGCAUUACCUGUGAUUACAAUGUGAACCUGACCGCAACUCGGCUUAAAAUUCUAAAUAAAGAUAAGUUGCAUUUAUCGCGAAGACCAGUGUGUAUUGCCUGGUUUCUGCUUGGCUUGUCUACAGUAAUUUUUGUCGGAAUAUUCAGUCGCUUGACGAGCAACAUUUAUUUUCUGAUCGUUUUGCUUCUGGGCGAGAUUAUGUUCUGGCUAGAUUGUUUCGGAGAAUGGGAAGAUCUAAAACUAUACAUGAACGAGAACAAAGCUGUUGUCGAAAAAUCGAUCUGGAGUGACAAAUUGUGUUUGGGAAAAACGAGUGAAUGCUCUUUGAUGAAACUCACCGAUAUUCGACACGUUGGAGUUUCCACCGAGAUGGGUAUCUUUAUCAUACACAGGAAUGGAAAAAUAAUUACUUUCAAUGUGACGGGAUUAACGAGAAAGGAAACAGAAGAUCUAAGGAAAAAUAUCAAUUACUUUUUAAACAUAAGCAGGCUCAAAUAUCUCAAUCAUUCGUUGGCCGAUUUUUCAGAACGAUUGUUAUUGCCUUCCGGUUCUGCAGAAUACCUGCAAAAUGUACGAAGAACGAAUCUACCUACGUCUAAUGAAAUAACUGUCUCAGACAAUAUCUUGACCAGUAGCAAGAUAUACCAUCAGAUGCAGCAGAACCUGAGUUAUCCAAGUUUGAUGCCUGGGACACAACCUAACAACUAUCAGUCGGCAAAUUUGAAAAGAAGUCCUUACACAGAAAAUUCGGCACGUCUCAACUAUAUUAAAUACACUAAGAAUAUUUGUGCCAUUUCUACACCUUGUGAUUCGAAGCUGAAUAAAGAAUGUGAUUAAACCAAACGUUUAUUC